GCCAAAUACAAAUCCCCGAGUUUAUCCCUCUCUGUGUUGUUGGAAAGACGCUAUAGUCAGUUUCAAGAUCGUGACGGGUUCCUGCCUCUGCUGAUGAAACGUUGGAUGAAAGGUCCUGUAAGAACACGUGAUGUCUUGGAGGUAGAGAGAAUUGUGAAUGAAGAGCCGGAAGUCAGGGUUUUGAUGGCAGAUCUUCAAGACUGGUUCAGUGUAAUUGUGAAGUUAGAGAAUAUAUUGAAUUGGAAAAGUCUUCGAUCGACUCUGCUUGUAAUAUUUUCAAUCACCAUUUUGUUUUUCCUACUGCAUAUAUAUGAACCUCCAGUUCUGCUUGUUGUGGGUUGUUCGGGACUGCUUUUCAGCUUGACAGACUACUUCGGGCCUAUAGUUUUAUCAAGGAUGUUCACAAAUCCCCCAAGCUACGAAGAUAAUUGGUGUUAUUGGAACUUUUGUAGACGCCUAGUUCAUAUGCGUCACGUACUGAUAAACUUCUGUAUUUUCGUACAUCAAGUUCAAUAUCGAAAUUCACUUCUACAUUUCCUGACGAGUUCAUCUCUUCUGUGCAUCGUUGGUUUUGUCGGAUUGCAUAUUAGUGAUUUACUUUUGUUUUAUUUCUUGAUUCUAACUUGCUUCAUCGCUCCAAAGCUACAGCCUAAAGUAAUACUAAAGAUGAUCGCUUGCUGUCUUUGGUUCCCCAUAGUUUUCCUUCAAUCCUGCAUCUCAAAGUUUCGGCCAAGAAUGCCGAAAUUCACUAUUUGGACGAAGAAUCAAACCUCACUGAAGAACAAUACAUAAUGAACAAUCCCUGCAUAACCAAACUCGCGAUUUAUACUGCGUUUACUGCUAUUUUAUUCAACAUAUCAUUGCAACUACCUAGAGUUUCCGUGCGUGUUAGACAUUUUUUAUACCCGUCUUUUCUUUGCUAAUAACACGCCAGUGGCACAAUGUAUUCUGUUAUUUAAUAUAAAACCAUUACAACUCAU